AUGGCGUCCGCCUCUGAGCAGUCCGUGAGCGACCAAAUCCGCCAACUGAACGACGCCCGCAAACUCGUCCUCGGCGACGUCAAAUACUAUCCCAACGUCGUCCAGAGCAUCCUUCCGAUCGUCGGACCCUCCGCGCGCGUCGAACUACGAAGAUGGGGCGCCGACUUCUUAGCCGAGGCCUUUGCGACGCCAGCCCUCCCCGGAAGCGAGAAGGAGACGAUGCAGCUCUUCGUGCUGGACACGCUGCAGACCAUGGUUGAGAACCCCAAUGAGGACGCCCAUGUCUUGCGGAGCGCUAUACAGACUGCCGCUAGCGUUUACCCGUAUGCGUUGAGAUGGAUCAUCAACAACUCGUAUGACACCACCACAUGGGAGCGGAUGGUAGCGAUCAAGAAGAGGAUUCUCAGGAUAUGGGACGACGCUGAGCCUACGGUGCGCAUUUGCUGCAUCAAGUUUGCACAGCGAGUCGUACUGGCGCAGUCAACGGCCAACCCAGCGGAACCCAGACGUGGUGACUCUCUUGACAUAUCGCUGGACAAGAUCCCGCCCAAUCAUCAGACGUUGGAUGCUAGGACGCUCGACGCUGAAGGAGCUGGUUUGCUGGACAGAAUGCUGAGCGUCUUGCAGGAGAACAGCAGGCGCCUUGGUGAUAGUGAUGUUCUCAUUGUUGAUGCCACUCUCAACUGCUUGUCCAUCUUGAUCCGCACACGGCCCGGCACGGCCAACAGGAUCUUGAAUGCCGUGCUCAACUUCAACCCACUGAAGCUCGCAAACUCGCCCAUGACUCCCAAAACCCGCGUAAUGGUCAAGUCCAUGGAAAAGACCACCCGUAUGCUCUUGAUCCAUUUGUCCAAACGCGACCCGCAAAACCCCAUGGCGCCACGAAUCCAGCAGCACGUCGAGAGGAUGAUGCGUAUGCGAAACGAGAUAUUCGACGAGGCCGGCCGCAAACGGGCUUAUGAGGCUCAGCACCACGACGGCAUGGACCCCAAGCGUCAGCGACUGGUACCACAAGUAUCGACAACACCACAGAUCCAGAUCACAUCGCUGCCGCCAGGCCCUCACAGCCUCGGCGAUGUGUUCACACUCACGGGCAGCGAAGGCCUCAAGGCGUUUGACGUAGCAACGCUGCCUCCCGCCAUGGCCGCCAAGAUCAGCAUCACCACCCUCAUCCGUACAGAUCAACAUCUACUUAUGAAGGCGCUCGAGGGCAUUCGUGGACGACUCAAUGCGUUGGCUGCCCAGCCACCACCCCCAAUUAACCCAGAAACUGCACCGCUUGGUGUAGACGAGGACGAUGACGACUACGAGCCGGACUUUUCUGCGGCCGAGGACAACGAGCAGAUUCUGAACAAGCUUGAUGGCGAUAGUGUGGCCAAGCUGGAUGACGGAGACUUUGGGCUCAGGUCCUUCAGGUUGCCGCCGCCACCGACGCUGACGCCCGAAAUGGCGCUCAGCGCAGGUCAAGGUUCCGUGAUGUCCCUGUUCCAGUUCGUGAAGACGCUCGAAGAUCCGGCCAAGAAGUCCAAGUCUGGCAUCAAUCGAUUGGCGGCUAGUAGCAAUGAUCGUGAAUCGUGGAUUGCCAUCAUCACACGUCUGGCUAGCAGGUCUGCGGCAGGCCUGGAGGGUGUAGACGUCAAAGACGAGAGCAGUAGCUCUGCGGCACGAUUCUCACUCGGCAACAGUAUCAGAGAAUCUCUAUAUACCUACGUGCUCGAGGACUUCCGACGGCGCAUCGAUGUAGCCAUCACGUGGUUGACGGAAGAGUGGUACAAUGACCAGCUGCAGAAGAAGCAAGCCGGCGAUCAACCCAUGCACUACGAAAAGUGGGCGUUGAAGCUCAUUGACGGCUUCUCGCAAUAUCUCAAUGCGCAGGACAAGGUGCUUACGAGGUUCCUGGGAGAGAUUCCCGAACUCAGCCCGGCGAUUCUGUCGCGUGUCAAGGCCAUCUGUCGAGACCCGACAGUCGUCCCCCUGGCACUGACAAGUCUGCUGUACCUGGUCAUGAUGCGGCCGCCGGCGAAGGAGAUGGCUCUGGAUACUGUGCAAAAUAUCUGGACAGAGUUCGAGGACGCAAAGCCGUUGGCAGCGAAGUACCUCGUCAAGUUCAGACCGGCCUUCCUCCAAGCGGCCAAGGGCGACGCGGAGAACAACAACGCUGCCGCGGCGACCAACAACACGGCCAUCGCGACGUGA